AUGGCGACGGGGAGCGAGAGCAGUUCCUGUCCCGAACGGGGCUCGCUGUCGCUGCCGCCGAGCACCUGGGAGGAGUCCCUCUGGGCAUUCUGCCCGCUUCGGGCGUCCAGGGCCAGCCUUUUGCCUCCUCCGCGCCAGGUGGGGGGCGGGGCGUCCUCGUGCCCGGCGGCCUUCGGGGCCUCGCCGCCCGCGCCCCCCGUGCGCGGGGCUCGCUGCCCUCCCGCCGCGGGGCUCGCCCCGCCUUCGUGCCCCGAGGCGCGCAGGACUCGGCUGGGGCCCCCCGUAUCUUGGGGCGCGAUCGUCUUGCUGCACGUCCGCCUCUGCGUCGGGAGUGGCUGCUUCGCCUCCGCCCCGCCGGGCCGCGCGCCCCGCGCCCAGCGGCAGAGAGGGGGGGGGGAGAAGGGAGGCGGGGAAGCCCCCGGCGAGCUCGGAAGGCCCCGCCGGCCCGGCGUUGGCACCGCCGUGCCCCCGCGGCGCGGGUCGGCGCAGGCCGAGCGGGGCCCCAGGCCCUGA